GAGAGGAGAGAAACCCCAAAGCAGAGGAGAGCUUUCCAUUUCGGGACGACGGACGCCGCCCGCCGCCGCUCCUCCCCCUCUUCCGGCAACGAGGGGAUCGGACGGACAGAUGGAGGUGGCGACGGUGUUCCUGGAGACGAGCCUGGGCACCCGCCUCGCCGUCUCAUUCCCCGCCUCCGCCACCACCGUCGCCGACCUCAAGCGGAGCGUAAGCGAUGAACACGCCGCAGCUUUCCCCCACAUCGGCCACAUCGCCGUCCAAGCCAUCAAGGUGAAGCAGGGAGGCUCCUUGUACCUCCUCACCGACUCCAUGGCCGUCCGGGAUGCUUUCCGCGGGGUCACCGGCGCAUGGCACCUCCAACUCCAGGUCCAUGCUCUGCCUCGCCCUCGCCCUGCUCUUCAUCAACAAAUGCCUCAAGUGCCACACGGCUGUAACUGCAAAUGUUCCUCUCAACCUUGUGUGCCUGCUUGCCACCAACUUGAGUGUGAGGAGGGGUCACCAACAAGCAGGAGCUUUGCUGCUAAUUUGGGAUGCCGAAAGAGAUCGGCCUGUGAGAUGCUCACUCAUCAGCAGGCUCAACUUGAAGCCACCCACACUGAAAGUGAAAGUGAAAGGGCACCCCCACCCCGGGAGAAGCAUAGGGCGCCUGCUGCUGAUUCUGAUUCUGAUUUUGAUUUUGGCCUUCUCUCUGUCCACAAUGAACCAUGCAGCAGCAUAGCUGGGAACAUGUGCAAUGCUGCAAACAGCAAGCAAGAUGCACCUUGUGUUGAGGAACUCAACCAUGUUGGUGAUCCUUGUUCAGAAAUGCAACUUGAGGAAAAGGAAGUUGAUUCUUCUUCACAACAAGAAGCAAUGCAGCAUAAUGUUGAGCAAAAGGAGCCGCUGACAGCAACUUUGCUGUGCGGCGGCGAAACAAGAAGCAAUGGCACUCAUCUUCCACCACCUUGUGCCGCCGAUCCCACCAAAGAAGGCGAUUCUUCAGAAGAAGAAGCAAUAAAACACAAAGUUGAAGAAAAAGUGUGCAACAGCGAAAGCAGCAGCAACUGGACUGACCCUUCACCUGGCGACGAGUCCAUGAACGAAGAUGAUUCUUCAGAAAAUGAAGUAAUGCAACAUGAAGCUGAGGAAAAGGAGCCAUGGACUGACAGUGUAUGCAAAGGGGGAGGAAGCAGCCACUGGAAUGAUCCAAUUGAAUGGACAGACGCAGAACAGAGGGCAUGGGAGAUGGCAUUGAAGAAAAGAAGGCGGCCGAGGACCGCAGUGCGCAAAAUGCCAAACAGUAGGGCAGCCAAGCUGUAUGGCUACAGCUGAAGAGGAUAUGAGCGGUGGCAUCGCAUUUUGGGUUGGAAACUAGCAAGGGGUUGAUGCAUGGUGAUGGCCAUUGUGUUUGUUGUUGCUAAAACAACUGCGGUUGGUAGGUUUGCUUGUUUUGGUAUUUCUUCACAAAACAAAAGACAAUUCCGUGUUGGUUUGAUAGACUGAGAUUGGUGGUGUAUGUAUGGAAUGUUGAGUGUUGCUGGUUCAUCAAAUCAGACUUGAUUGGUGGUGUAUGUAUUUAUGAAGCAUGUCGAGUCGCAAAUCCCCAUCCACCUUGCGAGGAAUCCGGCAUCGAUGCUUGUAAUUUCCAGCAUAUCACCAUCAGAAGAGUUGAUAAUCAGCAGUAUUUCUUGUAAUCUGGAACAAACUUGGCUUCAUCAACAUUUAGCUUCUUCUCCUUUGCA